CUCUUCGGUCCUCGUCCUCCUCCUCAGGCGUCGGGCGAUGCCGUUGUGGAGCCUGAUCCUCGGCCCCCGGUGCCAUCAUGCUGCUGCCGUCCGACGUGGCCCGCCUGGUGCUGGGCUAUUUACAGCAAGAAAACCUCAUCUCCACUUGCCAAGCAUUCAUCUUGGAAAGCUCGGAUUUGAAAGAAUAUGCGGAACACUGUACGGACGAAGGUUUUAUUCCCGCCUGUUUAUUGUCCCUCUUUGGAAAAAACUUGACGACAAUUCUGAACGAGUACGUAGCCAUGAAAGCGAAAGAAACAACAAAUGAAGUUCCAGCAAUGAUGUCAUCUCUGUGGAAGAAACUAGACUAUACGCUUUCUCAGAUCAGGAGCAUGCAGACUUCUGCCGGAUUUGCUGCUAAUCAAAGAGCCCGUACACGAAGUGGAAUCGCAGAAAUCAAGCGGCAGAGGAAGAUUGCGUCUCAGGCGGCCUCUUCGAGUUCCGAAUCGUUGCCCAUCGCUCCCCAGGGAGUACCGCACGCUUCUUCCCACUUGGCAACAACGCAAGUUAUCAGACAAUCUACUCAGACGGCACCACAGCUGAGACAAAGUUUUGUGUUUGUCAACCAUUCUCAGGACAGCAGUAUAAGCACCGGAGAAUCUCUACAAAUUGUAGUUCCUGGACCCCAAGACCGGAAAAUUAACGCCAGUCUGCUGUCUCCCGGAAGACGGAAAAGCGAAUCCCAGAGGAAAAGCAUUGUGUUGUCUGGACCUCAUUCGACUAUUCGAAAUUUUCAGGACUCCAAUACGUUUACAGUAGAAAAACAAAUGGUCAUUGAAAAUGCCAGAGAGAAAAUACUGAGCAACAAAUCCCUUCAGGAAAAGCUUGCAGAAAAUAUCAACAAAUUCUUGAUAAGCGAUGGAAGUAUCACCCAAGCACCCAAACAGACGGAUAACAGCCCGACGGAACAAGAGGCCUCGAUAGAUGAAAUCCUGGGAUUUCAGAGUGAAAUCCAUAUGUCGGAAGAAGCCAUAAGGGACAUCUUGGAGCAUACAGAGUCAGACCCUGCAUUUCAAGACCUCUAUGAUCUAUUUGAUUAUGGUAAAACCAAGAAUAAUAAAACUCUGUCACCAGGUCCUGGCAGUAGUAUUCUCUUAGCAGACGAAACUGCCAUAGUGGUGGAAGGCUCCUUUGAAACCGAAGAGACCGGUAACCAUUCUGGAGAGCCCCGAUUCUGCCCAGAGUAUCAACCUGGAGAAGCGUCGUGUGCCUUGAAAAACGGCAGCAGUGAUGACCGUCUUCGGCCGGGAACCCAGGGGCAGCCUGUCCCUCUGGACUCGAGCAUCCAAAAAGAAGAGGCCUUCAAAGCCGCCUCCUCCUGCCUUUCAGCUCUAGACCAGAGAUGCGGCCUGUCGAUCACCUUUGAUCCCGUGCCUCCUCUGAAUGACUCCACGCAGAGACCAGACUCCGGUCCCGAGUAUAACGAGCCUUGUGUGGAAUUGUUCGGAAACCAGAUGGCCGUCGAAAGUGAAAAGGCCUCGUCGCCUCCCGGCGCUCCAGACGUUCCGGGACUACAGUCCGAUGCGUCGGGGCCUCCUUCCGUGCCUUUGGUUUUACCCGGCGGAGGGAUCGCAAACGACGGGAACGCAACAGACGUUCGGUUAAGGGCUCUCCGCUUAUCGCAGAAUGGUUUAUUGACUGAAAAACCAUCCAGAAAUGGGAGCCCGGGUGACGCGGCGAGACUGGAGACUACUUUCCCCGGUUCCAAGUCACCGACGGUAAAUGAAAUCGAACGGGAUCAAAUGGAAACUCUCAGUGUCUUGUCCGCGGCUCCGGCCCAGCGGGCGGGUUGCCCGAACGGCUCUUCGGAGCGGGGCGAGGCCUUACCCGUUUCUGUUGAAAGUACUCUUUUAGCCAUUCCGGGCCAACGGAAGAUAGAGCUGGAGCUGAGAGAGUCAGCUACCUCUGAGGAGCAGCCGUCUUCCGGGGCGUCUUCUGGCCUCCCCCGGGCCGUCGAGAACGCGACUCUGUCGCCUGGAUCGCCAAGCUCGGAAAAAGCCAUCAUGGAGUCACAGGAAGCUCUAGCUUCGGUUCAAGAGGCGGGGGCCGGUUUCCUCUCUCCGGGGGAAAGCGGCGGCGGGUGUCGAGAGAUCGAAGGAAUGCCCGCUGCCGAGAAACCUUCGGAAUCAACGGGAGAGCCCAAUCCUGACUCGCAGAGCGGUGGUGGGGUUUCUUGCCGCGAUGGGUCUGAGGUGGUGGACCCAUCGAGCAUAGUAUCUCUCAAGAUCAUCAUCAGCGAUGACCCGUUCGUUUCGGCGGACACGGAACUGAACAACGCGGUUUCCAGCAUCAGCGGAGAAAACCUGCCCACCAUAAUCCUGUCCUCUCCGUCCAAGUCGCCAGCAGUCCCGCAUCCCGAGGCAGCCGAGGGCCCGGCUCCCGGAGGGGCCCCAGGCGCCGCCGUCGUGGCCGAGGGCGAGAACCCGGCCUCAGUCGAGCGGAGCCUGGUGGGGCUCAAACCCCAGGACUCGACGGGAGGCAACGCGCAGGACGAAGAGGGCGGCCUGUUGGCGGCCGCCGUGCCCCCCGGCGCGUCCAAAGACGGGGGGUUCAUCCAGCUGAUGCCGCCCACCGGCGCCGCUUUUGCCCGCUCAAGUAACAUCCUGAUAGCCACCUGCGUGACCGAUCCGUCCGCCCUGGGAACCGCCGCAGCUCAGUCCAAUGUGGUCGUCUUGCCCGGCGGCUCGGCUCCGCUGGCCUCCCAGCCGCCCCCUCCGCAGCCGUUACAGACCCCCCCGAGAUCGGGCGGCGUGUAUGCCAUGAACCAGGCCGUCUCCCCCAACUUUUCGCAAGGGUCCGCUAUCAUAAUUGCGUCUCCAGUCCAACCUGUUCUUCAGGGAAUGGUGGGCAUGAUCCCCGUAUCCGUAGUGGGACAGAGCGGAAAUACCUUUCCGGCCCCUCCCCGACAGGUCUUGCAUAUGCCCAUAGCUGCUCCUCUGUGCAACAGAAGUGUACCUAAACUCCCUCUCCCUCCGAAAUCUCAGAAGAACCAAGGAGGAAGGCACAAGCCCAAUACCGUUCCUGGGAAGCUAACAUCCGUUCUGGGAGAUUCUUCGAGCCGGCCGCCCGGUUUCCGUGCCCAAAGAAGCGGGAUUUCCGACAAGAGCUGGGGCGCCGAACCCGGAAGGAAAGCGGAGGACGGCACGGUCCCGCCCCCGCCCGACGGCCCGGCUCCGGCCGCCAAACAGAACCAAAGUCACCGACGCGUCCUUUGCUUCGACGGCGCCGGGACCGCCCCGGGGGGGAGCCCGCCGGGCCCUCGGGGCCGAGCGCCGUCCCAGAGCAGGGAGAGGAGCGAAGGGCCCCCCGGCCCCCCGGAUCCGCCGGCCGCGGCUCCCGGCAGAGCCCCUCCCGGGAACGCCGGCAGGAAGGAGAGAGAGAAGCCUCUGGCGCCCAAAGCGGCGCCUAAAGCCGACUCGGCCGGCGCGAGGGGCGCGGCCGGGAAAGAAGCCCAGCCGGAGAAGAAGGCUUCGCUCGCGGGACUCCCGCCCGACUCCUUCCACAAGACGACGGCCAAUAAGGAGAACGAACUGCGGCGGGACGUGGAGAGACCGAAGAACCAGGAGGCCCCCAAGCUGUCCAACGGGCAGCAGACGGGCGGCCCGCGGGGGGAGAAAGCCGCGGCCGGGGGGCCGGAGCCGGCCAAGAAGCCCGGGCCGCCCGCCGGCGGGAAGAACGCCGGCUCGGCCCACCCUCCGUCCAAACCCGCUGGGGAGGCGCCGCGGGACGGGCAGUGGCCCAGCCCGGUGGGCGGCCGGCCGGGGGAGAACGGGGAGCUCCCCGGGCCCCGGACCCCGGGGGAAAAGCCCGCCGACGAGGCCGCGGACGGCGGCAGGACUCCGAGCGGCCGGCGCGGUCCCGGCGAAGAGAGCGGCGGCGGCACGCCCAAGGUCAUGAUCCCGCCCGCCACCCCGGACCUGCCCGCCUGCAGCCCGGCCAGCGAAACGGGCAGCGAGAACAGCGUCAACAUGGCCGCCCACACCCUGAUGAUCCUCUCCCGGGCUGCCAUCGCGAGGACUGGCGGCACCACCCCUCUCAAGGACAACACCCAGCAGUUUCGCUCUUCCCGGGGGACGGCUAAAAAAAGGAAACUGGAAGACCUGGAGGAGCGGGAGAGGAAUUCCCGUCCUCCCGGGAAAAAUCUUCAGAGCUCCACGACGCCGGUGAAGAAGAAGAAAAUGAAGAAAAAGAAGCUACCAAAUUCCUUUCCAGCCGGAAUGGAUGUGGACAAGUUUUUGCUAUCUUUGCAUUACGACGAAUAAGAACGCCGAACUCAGUCCCGAGAACUGUAACUAUUUAAAACCAGAGACCGUUGUGCUAGGGAAAAGGAAAUGAACAGAAUCCUGAAGUGUGAAAUGCACUUUCAGUGCACUGAAGUUUCACUUUAUAGCCCCACUAAGCUGUUUCCAAAGCAGCUUGCUAGUUUGUAAAUAGAAUUGAUUUAGUCUAUUUUUAUUUUGGAAAAAAGCACUUGCAGAAGUGUAAAGCCAUUAUUUGCAAAAU